AGCACUCUCACCUGCAUACCGCGCACCUCGUUCACUGUUGCGAGAGCACGCCCCGUCGACGACAGUGCUUCGCCAAGCUCGACGCCACACGUCGCCCUAGCGCCACAGUAGACCUCCAGCUUGGCGCGCUGCAUGACGCUCCAGCUUCACUUCCGCCCCACCGCCCACUGCCGCUAGAAGCAUGAAAAAGACCCGCCUGCCGUUGACGUGUCCGCUAGUGCACCGCUUCUUCAUGCACUGGAUCCGGGGGGCCUGCCAUUCCAAUCUCCCAUCACUCGAGUCCUGUCCAGGCUAGUCUGUCUCACCGCACUCUGAUUGCUGGUUUACCGCCAUGUCGAGUGCACUGCAACCGCGCCGCGCCCUGGUCGUCUACGGCUCCGAGACAGGUAACGCGCAGGAUGUGGCUGAGGAGAUGGGACGCGUCGCUGAGCGAUUGAGAUUCGACACCGAGGUCGCUGAGCUCAACGCCAUCACUCUAAGGCAACUGCUGCAACAUCACGUCGUCUUGAUCGCCAUCUCCACCACGGGCCAGGGCGAACUACCACCCAACAGCCAGAAGUUCUGGAAAGCCAUCCGGAGCACUCGACUGCGGCCAGGAUGCUUGCAGCAGAUGAGAUUUGCAUCCUUUGGUCUUGGUGACACGUCCUAUCCAAAGUACAACUGGGCGCAUCGCAAGCUAUACAACCGGCUCGUGGCACUCGGAGCGCAGCCGAUAUGCGAUCGUGGCGAGUCAGACGAGCAGCAUCCAGAGGGCAUCGAUGGCUCCUUCCUACCAUGGUCAACGAAACUCCGCCAAUAUCUCCUCGGCUCAUAUCCGCUCGCUGAUGGUAUCGAGCCGAUACCGGACAAUGUUCUGCUAGACCCGAAAUGGCUGCUCGAGACUAUAGACGAUGGUGUAGCAUCUUCACCAAAACUCGAAUCUGUACCUGCGUUGAGCGGCGACGCGCCUGAUGCCCCUCCGUCUGACCUUCUCGACAUAUCCGGCGGACUUACUGCUAAGAUCACAAGCAACGAGAGAGUCACUCCGACGGCCCAUUGGCAGGACGUCCGGCACCUCAAGUUUGAAAUACCAGAGACACAUCCAUACGUCCCAGGUGAUGUACUUACAAUCUACCCCAAGAACUUUCCCUCCGAUGUAUCUCAGUUCCUCGAAUGUAUGGGCUGGACGUCCAGGGCUGAUGUACCUCUCCGCUUCGUCCCUUCAUCAUCAUCGACACCUUCCGACGCCACUCUGCCCAUCCGAAAUAUGGAGCAAGGUAGUACGAUAACCUUAAGAGAGCUUUUAACCAACCAUCUUGAUAUUAUCGCUAUUCCCCGAAGGUCGUUCUUCGCCCAGCUCGCGCAUUACACGAGUGACGAGUUCCACAAAACAAGAUUACUUGAGUUUACGGACCCUCAAUAUCUGGACGAGCUAUAUGACUACACCACACGUCCACGCCGCAGCAUCUUAGAGGUCUUACAGGAGUUUGAAUCUGUCAAGAUACCUUGGCAGCGCGUGUGCAGUAUCAUUCCUACUCUACGCGGUCGACAGUUCAGCAUCGCAAGUGCGAUGAACCCUACCACGGAGCUAGAAAAGAAAACAAAAAUCGAGCUUUUGAUUGCGAUAGUAAAGUAUAAGACAAUUAUUAAAAGAAUAAGACAAGGUGUUGCUACGCGGUACAUCGCUUCGCUCAUACCAGGACAAGAAAUCACGGUCACGCUUUCGCGAGGCGGGCUUGGUGUGAGCAAAGAUGAACUCGAUAGACCGGUUGUUAUGAUUGGGCCAGGAACAGGUGUAGCGCCCAUGCGUUCGCUAAUAUACCAACGCGUACAAUGGCGCGAGGAGCACAAGAAACUUCAGAAUGGCCACGCGCAGGAAGAUGACGAACCUGUAAAAGACUUACUGUUCUUUGGCUGUCGUAAUGCCGAGUCAGAUUACUUCUUCAAAGACGAAUGGGCGCAGCUCCAGUCCUCCAGCGUGCCGUUAGAAGUCUUUGCGGCAUUCUCCCGAGACCAGCGCCAGAAAGUCUACGUUCAAGACCUUGUCCGUCAGCAAUCUUCGCUGAUAUUUUCGCAUCUUUUCCACAAAUCUGGCAUCUUAUAUAUUUGCGGCUCGUCGGGCAAAAUGCCUCAGGCUGUACGCGAAGCACUCAUUGAAGCUUUCCAAGGGCAUGGCAGUAUGGAUAGAGAAGGCGCAGAGGAUUAUCUGGUGAGCAUGGAGAAGAGUGGAAGAUAUAGACAAGAAACGUGGUAGGACCUUCGGUAGCGAUAGGGCCGCCCUUGAUUGCAGAUCAGACAUCGUAGGCUGUUUGGUUUCAUGAACGACGUUAGCAUACCCUACCUUCCGAUCUAGACGUGGAGGAAUGAGAUGAGAGUGGAGGGGGAGACAUUAGACAGGUUAUUGCGAAGAUCACGAGAGGUGUGUGGAUGCUGGAUUGCAGGGUCUGUGAUACUGGAUCAAUUGUCUACACCGCGUACCUACUCAUAGAUAUAACAGAAGGGUCCAGCAAGCGUGCUCGAAGCCUCCUUAAUAGUCAUAUUUGGGAAGCCCAGAUACUCCCCAAAUGUCAUAACAUCAUCCAGCGUCGCAUUUCUUGUUGGUGGGACAUUCUGGAACGUAAGGGUGCCAGCAAUAGUAAAGCGUCUCUCCUUCAAGUUUUGAUUCUGCCAAAUCCACCAAAUU